AUGGAGAAGAUCACGGACAAGAUCGCGGCAUUGCCGCCGGAUGGCCACUACUUCUCGCUGGAAUUCUUUCCUCCCAAAACCGCGAUGGGUUCGGUGAAUCUUCAAGCACGUCUAGAACGUAUGGCGCAAGCCCUUCGACCACUUUUCGUAACUGUGACAUGGGGCGCUGGAGGCACGACCGCAACAAAGUCCCUCGAAUUGGCCGAGAUCUGCCAACGUCAAUUACAACUAACGACAUGUCUUCACCUCACAUGCACCAAUAUGAACCGGAAAUUGAUCGACGAAGCAUUAGAGCAAGCUAAAGCUCUUGGUAUCAGGAAUAUCCUUGCUCUAAGAGGCGACCCACCACGCAGCGGAGAUUAUAACGUGGAAGGUGAUGAUGAUAGCAAUACAGAUUUCACGUGGGCGAUAGAUCUAGUCCGAUACAUUCGACGUGUUCACGGUGACUAUUUCUGCAUCGGGGUUGCUGCAUACCCAGAAGGUCACCCAGGAGAGUCGCAAACCGAUGUGCAAGACCCGGAGAAAGACCUUCCCUACCUUGUCGAGAAAGUCCAAGCAGGGGCAGAUUUCAUUAUGACCCAGUUGACCUAUGAUAUCGAGGCAUAUAAGAAAUUCGAGAAUAGAUUACGCAACCACCCUUCAGGGGCUAUGAAAACAAUGCCCAUUAUCCCUGGUCUUAUGCCUAUCCAAGGAUACAAGAUUCUCACACGAGUUACUAAGCUCAGUGGUGCCCACAUCCCACCCCCUAUUAUGUCGCGAAUUGAAGCUGUCAAGACAGACGACGAGCAAGUCAAACAAGUUGGUGUUGAUAUUGUGAGUGAGAUUGUGGAUUCAAUCAAGGAUAUAUCCUGCCCCGGCCCUCGCGGCUACCACUUUUACACCCUCAACCUGGAAAAGGCUGUAUCGUUCAUUUUAGAACGGUGCGACUUAAUACCACAAUCAAGCGAACCUGAUGCUGCAGAUGACGAGAUUGCCAUUGAAAUAACUGCGAUGAAUGGCACUGACGGUAUCAAAUCUGCUUUCUCACGACGACGAGCCUCAUCUAUUAACUCCGGCCCUCAUAACCGAGUCAUCGUUGAUAAGCUGCACGUUCCUACCGACCAACAAUCAGAACACUCUUCGAGAAAAUCGAUUACCUAUGAGACUCUCGCUUCUAGUGCUGGUGUUCCAGCACUGAAUCCCCCUCCCCGCAGCACCCAGCUACAAAUUUCAGAAGGCAUAGGAUCUCUAGGUCGUGAAGCAACCUGGGAUGAUUUCCCUAAUGGACGCUGGGGUGAUGCGCGCUCGCCUGCAUUCGGCGAAAUCGACGGUUAUGGUCCAUCAUUACAUGUCAAUGCUACUGUUGCAAAGCAAUUAUGGGGUUUCCCAGUGACCAACUCGGAUAUCAGUACUCUCUUCCGAAAGCUCGUAUCUGGAGAACUGUACAUUAUUCCCUGGUCUGAAGGAGGUGCGGCUGAAGACUCAAACCUGAAUGCUGAAACCGACACUAUAAAACCCCAGCUAUUGAAAAUCAUCGACAAGAACUGGUGGACACUUGCCUCACAACCUGCAGUUAAUGGCGUCCGCAGCGACGACAGCGUCUUCGGCUGGGGACCUCCCGGCGAAGGCUUCGUUUUCCAAAAGGCAUUCAUCGAGUUCUUCUGCCCUAGCUCCGACUACAAGAACAAAGUUAAGCCCACGCUCCUUAAACACGGUAGUGACGAAUUCGCCUGGUUCGCCACCAAUGCCACAGGGGACUUUGAGUCCUCAUUCUCAAUUUCCAAUACCGCAACCCCCGAAGCCACACCGAACGACCAGUCCACUGCUUCCGACGCAGACGAAGACUACGUCGAACUCCCCGAAAACCAGGGCAUGGCUGUCACCUGGGGAGCCUUCCGCGGCAAAGAAAUCACCACACCGACGAUCAUCGAAGAAGUCAGCUUCCGCGCAUGGGGCGAAGAGGCGUUCCGGAUCUGGGACGAAUGGCGCCGUAUAUACCCGCGCGGGUCUGCAACAGAGCGGUUUCUGGCGCAGACUAAGAGCGAUGUCUGGCUUGUCUGUGUCAUUGGACAGAGAUUCGGAGCUGGCACAGAAUCUGGUUCUGCGGAAGAGAAAGCAGAGAUGGGGAUGUUGUGGAAUGUGCUUGCGAGUGCAGAGUGA